AUCCAUUCGUUGAACAACCACCCUUCUGGUAAGUUGAUGCGCAACCGUUAGUGCUGCGUAUAUCUCACGCGAGUCUGUUGACCGCUUCGAGCCAAGGUUUCCGACGAGCGUGUGCUCUCAAAAGCAAGAGCUCCCCUCGCCGUCUAAUCCUCACUCCUCCUCUCUCAUCACUGACAAGUCUCGCACUGAACUGUAUCCGCCCUCGCAGCUUCGUUCCAGCUCUCUGUCAUCACAUUCCACUCAAUCCAUCUCCAGUCACUGCUUCUCUCCAACCCUACUCUUCCCCCUCCUAUCACUCCCCACAUCUUCACCAUGCAACUCUCCCGAGCAUCAACCCGCGCCCUCAAGGCCCUCACCACCACCACCAGCAAGCAAACAACCCGUCACCUCUCCAUGACCGGUGCAGCAACCUCAUCCUCGCUCCUCACAUCCGACAAGCCCGUACUCGGCCGCUCGCAAGUCCCCCGACUCCCUGCAUCCGCGAGAAUUCCCGUCCCAGACACCACCGACACAGGCAAGCUCACACGCCACUUCAACACAAGCCGCAGCAUGAAAGCCCCAAACGACACCUCCACCAUCGACUUCACAGUCAUGCCCGACUUCGACCCGGAUAUGCGCAGUGGCCCCGUCCAGAUCCGGGUCCCCAUCCUGCCGUGGACAGCCGUCAGUGAGACAACAAAAGCAAGUGUCGCCGAGACAGAGCAGCCGAUCUUCGUGCCAGUUGUUCACACCGUUGCUGCUGACGACGCACAUGUCCACGCACCCUCCGCCUUGACCGAGAAGCCCGAUGGUGGCCACAUCGACUUCCAGGCCAUGACUACGCAGUUCGCGACCAAACUCAACAAGCCCGUUGAGGAGGGUGUGGGCAUGGUGCGCCAGAUCUGGAGCGGGCUCAUGGAGGACAUUGUUGGUUCCAAGCAGGGUCCUGCUAGGACUUGAGUCAGGAACUCUUGUCCUGUCGAGGAACAUCUUACAUAAGCUGUUAUUAACAGGUGUCUGGAGCGAUGCACAAUUUUUCCGUGUCUUUUCCAUGGCGGUGGAUAUCAACUACGUCUGUAUGUGGCUUGAAGUGCUCGAGCUUAUGAGACAUGAAAUCUAUUUUAAUACAUUUUGUUGCAAAC